AUGAAAAUUUUACCAUUUUUGAAAUUUUACUUAUUAAUAGAUUUUAUCUUAAAAAAUUUGAAAAUCGAAAAGCUGGAUAAUUCCCAUAAAACAGGGAAGCUAGAAUGAAAAUAUUUUCACAAGGAAAAUUAUGUCUCUAGAACAUUCACACUUCCUGGCAGCGUACUUAAAUAUGAAUUUAUUAUUGUGCAUAAUCCAACUGGAUGCCCAUCCAGGUGGCAAUUAUUGGAAUUAUUCAGAAAAUUUAUCAGAGUAGAUUAA